GAGGCGCGCGCCGCGCAGUCUCGAUUCCGAUUGGUCGAGGUGGAAUCCGCGCGAAGGAGCCGGCGACCAGUUGAGCGCGAGUUCUCGAACCGAGCGGUUCUAUAUAGAGAGCAGGUUACAUGUUUUCCUUUUUUUCGGAGCAAAGUAUCAAGGAUAGAAAUAUCAUUUAUAACAAUUUUAUAAUUUAUCUUAUUAUUAACAAUUUUCAAUUUUGUGAUCGUUUUCAUCGACUGGAAGUUUUAUCAUCAAAGUGACUUGAGUUGGGAACUAAUUUUGUGAACUGUUUGUUAUUUAUUUCUUUGAUUUACGUGAGCAUGACAUUGGUGAUAUUUUAUUAAAACACGGAUCCUUUUCAACAAUCAACAAAUUGGUAAUGAAUUAAAUGAACUCAGUUUAGAAAAAUCAAUUGGAUAUUAAAGAAUUGAAAUACGAAUUUAAGAAGCAAUCGAGAAGAAAGGAAUAAAAAGAAAAUAAGAAGAAUAAAAAAUAAUCUGUACUAAAUCGAGGAAUUCAUAUUUCUUGGAAGUGUCAACUUGAAAAUAGAUGAUCCAAUUCAAAUCUGUUCCUGGAGCCGCGAAUCGGUGCAGCAGCCUCGUACCCUCAGGGGUACGAUAGAUUCUUGAAAGAACCCAGCAUCAAGAUAAAGUCAGUGACGUUGCUGCCACAAAAUGAGCAGGAACGGGCCUUGCCGUUAGUGGUGGAAACCGCUGUCACCGUACAAGGGCCUCCCUGGCUGAAAGGGGGCCCCGAUUACGGCCCCCCAACGGGCCCAGCAGAUGCUCCAUUAGACGAGGCAUCAUUGCGGGCCAGCAGUUCUGAUCGAAGAGAAUCCCUCGAUCCGGAUAGUCGGGCCAAAAAGGCCCGUCGAUCCUUAAAAUAUCUACGCGAUCGAUCAGUGGAGUUUCAAGAUAGAUAUCAGACAAGUGGUAAUCUUCCAAAAAUUGGAGCGGUAGCUUGUCCAAAUAGAAGACGCCAUUCUUGUAGGAGACACAAGGAUUCGAACAAAAGAACAGUUACAGAGGAAUCACGGCGUAAAACAACGGAAAGACCGCGGGAGAAUAUAGAUCAACCGGUAGUGAAUGAGUGUUGCGUUUUAGUGAAUAGAGAAAAUCAAAGUGAACAAUCAAUUACCGAGAAUAUUAAUUUAUGGUCAAAUAAUCUUUUAUGGACGAAUAAUAUAACAAGUGUUGAACCUGUUUUGGUGCAUCAGAGUGAAUGGAUUGUGAGGUGUCCACCUUAUCAGGAGGGCAAUAUCAUUGGGCCUAAGCGCCUCGGCAAAUUUGCCAAUAUUAUUGACAAUUCAAACGAGGCUAUUAAGGACGUUAAUAAAAAAGUAAUGGCAAUGGCGAAAGCAAUGACACCGACGUGGUCAUUGAGACUUCUUGGUGUUAGUUGUGGUUCGGUGGUUUGUGCAUGGGGACUACUGCUGAUACUGUCAGUUUUGGGUGGCGCGACACACAACACGGGAAUUGGAAGCUUUGGUCUUGGCACUUCAGCUGAGGAUAAUAUCAACAGCGCAAGUUGCCCUUGGGCAUGUGGCUGCGGGGGACCAAAUAUCGACUGCUCUUAUCGUGGACUCACUCAAGUUCCAGGGGAUCUGGCCGCCUUGCUCUCCGCCGAAAAACUAGACUUACAAGGGAACAAUAUUUCUGUUAUUUUCAAAACCAAUUUUGAAGACAUGGCUACACUUCAUGUUCUACAUUUAUCUCACAAUCAAAUUCAUACAAUAGAACGAGGAGCAUUUCAAGAUUUAGUAGGAGUGGAGAAAUUACGAUUGAACAACAAUCAAAUCCGUUUUUUGCCUGAUUUACUUUUCAGUAAUAUGAUGAAUCUCAAAAGGCUAGAACUCAAUCAUAAUCAAAUUGCUAUGAUUGGACCCAAGACGUUGAGAGGAAUCUCGUCACUGAAACAUUUAAUUCUAGACGAUAAUAUUCUCACAUGCAUUGACGAAGGAGCAAUUCGAGAGUUGAAGGAUUUGGAAAUUUUAUCAUUAAAUAAUAAUAAAUUAACGACACUUGGAAAAGAAAUGCUGAAUGGACUAUCAAAUUUACGUGCUUUGAGGGUUUCUGGAAAUUCUUUGGUUUGCGAUUGCCACUUGAGUUGGCUUUCACGACAUCUUAGAAAUUUUCCACGUCUCACACAGAACAUGAAAUGUUCCUCGCCCGCUCAUCUUAGAGAUCACAACCUUGGGGAAUUACAGGAACAUGAAUUCAAGUGCUCCGGCCUAAUAGAGCGAGUAACUUCCGAAUGUAAUGCCGAACCACAAUGUCCAAAUCCUUGCGAGUGUGCCAAUGGAAUUGUCAAUUGUCGAGAAAAAUUAUUGACUAAAAUUCCAACUCAUUUACCCGAAGAUACUACUGAAUUACGAUUGGAGCAAAAUGGAAUCACGGAAAUUCCUCCCAAGGCUUUUUCUCCAUAUAGAAAAUUACAAAGAAUAGAUUUAAGUCACAAUAAAAUUGAAAAAGUCGCCGCCGAUUCAUUCCAUGGAUUAAAAGCCUUAGAUUCAUUAGUUCUUUAUGGAAACAAAAUCACGGAAUUACCUAGUGGAAUUUUUCAUGGAUUGAGCAGCUUAAAACUAUUGCUAUUAAACGCCAAUGAGAUAUCCUGCAUUCGGACUGACCUGUUUCGAGACUUGACCAACCUUGAGCUUCUAUCCCUUUACGACAACAAUAUCCAGUCUCUCAGCAAUGGAACCUUUGCAAUCCUACGCAACAUCAAAGUCUUGCAUUUGGGGAGAAAUCCACUUAUCUGCGAUUGUAAUCUACGAUGGCUGAGUAAUUAUUUACAUAAAAAUCGAAUUGAUACUUCUAAUCCCAAAUGUGAUUCUCCAAAGAGAUUGUUUAAUAAAAAGAUCGACAUGGUUCGAGAUGAAAAGUUCAAAUGUAAGGGUGAUGAGGAACUUCUAACAAAAAGAGCUGGUGAAUGCAUUCUUCCUGGGCCGUGUCCUUUUCCAUGUACUUGUACUGGUGCUACUGUUGAUUGUUCUGGACAAAAAUUAACAUCAAUUCCAAAAGAUCUUCCAAUUUACACAUCUCAUUUAAUCAUGAGGAAUAAUGAGCUUGAAAAAAUAAAAGCCGAUGGAUUUUUUGAGAAAUUACCAGAUUUACAGCAUUUGGAUUUGAGAAAAAAUAAAAUUACCCGAAUUGAAGCAUCUGCCUUUCAAGGAGCUAAAAAAAUCUCAGAAUUACUUUUAUCAGAGAACAAAUUAAGAGAAAUUCAUAAUAAAAUGUUCACUGGCAUGUCUGGUCUCAAAAGUUUAAAUGUGGAUUCCAACACAAUUACUUGUAUAAUGCCGGAUGCAUUUAAUGGAUUACCCCAUUUACGUUCCAUUAACAUGCAAGGAAAUCCUUUAUCUUGCAAUUGUCAUCUUGCAUGGUUUGCGGAAUGGUUGAAAAAACGCGAUAUUACAAACGUUACUGGAAGUUGUCACGAUCCACCACGAUUGAAAAAUGCUGUUAUUAGAGAUAUUCCUCAUCAUGAAUUUAAAUGCAAUAGUGAUAGUCUUGGAUGUUUGGGAGAUGACUAUUGUCCUCCUCAAUGCAACUGUGCUGGAUCUGUCGUGAGAUGUUCAAGAUCUCGUCUCACUGAAAUUCCACGUGGAAUUCCACCGGAAACCACUGAGCUUUAUUUAGAUGUAAACGAUAUAACAACUAUUCAACCAGAGAGAUUAAAUCAUCUUAGAAUUUUAACAAGGCUGGACUUGAGCAAUAAUCAAAUUUCGGUUUUAUCAAACGAUACUUUCAAAAAUUUGACAAAUCUCUCACAUUUAAUUAUUAGUUACAAUCAAUUGCAGUGUGUUCAAAGGAACGCACUUUUAGGAUUGAAAUCUUUGAGAAUUAUGUCCUUGCAUGGAAAUCAAAUUUCCGUUAUUCCGGAAGGUGCUUUCGAAGAUUUGAAAUCAAUUACUCACCUGGCUUUAGGAUCAAAUCCCCUUUAUUGUGAUUGUAGUAUGCGAUGGCUAGCUGAAUGGGUAAAAAAAGAUUACGUAGAACCGGGUAUUGCUCGAUGUGCGGAACCUUCUUCUAUGAAAGAUAAAUCUCUGCUGACAACACCAGCCAAUACAUUUUUAUGUAAAACCAAACAGCAACCAGCCGAGGUCCUGGCUAAAUGUGACUUGUGUUACACCAAUCCGUGUCAAAACGGAGGAUUUUGCGAGGCGUUACCAGACAGACAAUUUCGUUGCAAGUGUUCACCAGGAUAUCACGGAGAAAGGUGUCGAUAUAAAAUCGAUGCGUGCUAUGGAAAUCCUUGCCGGAACGCCGGAACUUGUAAAGUACUGGAAGAAGGAAGAUUCAGUUGUAACUGUCCUCCCGGCUACGAGGGACUCCGCUGUGAAAACAACGUCGACGACUGUACGAACAACAAGUGUUCUAAUAACGCAACUUGUAUUGACCUCGUCGAGGCCUACAGAUGCGACUGCACCUCUGGAUACAUGGGAGAAUAUUGUGAAACGAAAAUUCCCUUCUGCACAAAAGGACAUGAUCCCUGUGAAAAUGGAGGACGUUGCGUCGAUCACGGGACCCACUACAGCUGCGAGUGCCCAGUCGGAUUCUCCGGCAUUAAUUGCACCGACAAUUCUGAUGACUGCAACGAUAAUUUGUGCCAGAACGGUGCUACGUGCAUCGAUGGUAUAAAUAGUUACGAAUGUAAAUGUGCGCCGGAUUAUACGGGGAGGUACUGCGAGAUUGGUCCAUCAACUGCCAUGCUGUAUCCUCAGACCAGUCCGUGUGCUCAUCACGACUGUCAGCAUGGCGCUUGUUUCCAACCGUCAUCUUCGGCAGCGGAUUAUCUCUGCCAGUGCCACCCCGGCUAUACCGGUAAACGGUGUGAGUACCUGACAAGUCUGAGCUUUGUGGAUAAUAGCUCGCUGGUCGAGCUUGAGCCGCUUCGUACCCGACCCGAAGCAAAUGUGACCAUCAUCUUCACGACCACUCAAGAAAAUGGAGUUCUUCUUUACGAUGGACAAAAUGGCGAGCACAUAGCAGUUGAAUUAUACAAUGGGAGGGUGCGUGUAUCUUACGACGUUGGAAAUUAUCCUACCUCGACCAUGUACAGUUAUGAAAUGGUGUCUGAUGGAAAACCGCACAUGGCCGAGUUAAUAGCACUCAAGAAAAAUUUCACAAUGAGAGUAGAUAAAGGUAUUGCGAGAAGCAUAAUUAAUGAAGGUCCCAAGGAAUAUUUGAAACUCACUACACCAAUGUACAUCGGAGGCGUUGUUUCCAAAGUCGCCAGUGUCGCGUUCACAGAGUUUCAUCUCAGAAACAUCACUAGCUUCCAAGGGUGCAUUUCGGAGAUGUGGAUCAAUCAUAAGUUGGUUGACUUUAGUAACGCAGCUAAAAUGCAUGGCAUUGCACCUGGAUGUAUUGCUGGCGAGGAAGAAGCUGAUGAAGCCAGCAAGGACGUUAUCGAAGUCGAGACAAUAAAGAGCGACUUCAAAGAAGAUUCUGUACCACAGGAACGUGUUCUACAUGAAGAUUCAGAUUACAGCGUGAUAAGUCCUGUAGUUGUCGAUCCUUGUGUUGGUAAUGAUUGUAGAAAAGGUUCACAAUGCAUACCUUCAUAUGGAAAUACUUACACAUGUCGAUGUCAACUUGGGUGGCAAGGUCGUUAUUGUGAAAAAGCACCAACAUGUCGAAAGGAAAAUACUCGCGAGUACUACAGUGAAAAUGGAUGUCGAAGUCGACGUCCAGUUAAAUUGGCCAAGUGCUGGGGAAGUUGUGGAAACGCUUGUUGUCUACCACGAAAAACCAAACGACGCAAGAUUCGACUAAUUUGUAAUGAUGGUACACGAUACACAAAAGACGUUGACCUAGUGCGUAAGUGCACAUGCUCUCGCAAAUGUUAUUAAACAUCAAGGAAGCACCACACCGAACUUCCAGUUCUGGAGCAAUGAGAAACUUCCACUGCUCGCCCUCUUUUCCACGAAGAGAAAAAAUGUGCUCAGGAUAGAAUUUUUUUUUCGAAAACGGUGAAAAUGGAAACAUUUUUAAUCGCAGAAGUGGUGAAAAUAGUGAAGGCACAUGAUGGACACACACAGCCGGCUCAGUGUGAUAUUGUAUUAUUUAAAGAAAAAAAAAAAAAAACAUAUGUUAAUACAUAUAGGUAUAUUACUAUUGAUAUCAGCCAGCUAAGCGUAUUAGGUAAUCGUAAACGAUAUGUCUAGCCGUUUUUUUCGUCACGAGGGAACGUACGAACUAUUGUAUCAUUAUGAAAGAACAUUAGACGUACGUGCUCACGUAUUUACGAAUUGUAAACGGUGUAAAUGCUGUAAAUGGAUAAAAGUAGCGAAGGAAUUCUGCCUAAUGAAUGAUAUUAUAUGAGAAUGAAUUGUUUUUAAAAAAAAACGCCUUUUCGUUAAGUUUUCCUUUUUUUUUCUUUUUGAAUGUUCUCUGCCCACGAACUUAACAAUUUCUUCGUACUUUUCAUACGUUUAUCUCCGUAGACGCUUUGCGGUUCAUAUCUUUUUCUAUAUAUAAAAUUACUGACGAUGCUUCAAACGAACGCUGAAACAUCAGAUCAGUAGAAUACCGUCAACGGGGCGGGCUGUAUUUCAAAUACAUAGGUUUUUAUUCAAUCCAAUAUACAAAAUGUAUAUUAGAUUUAAAAAUGGCGUGUUUUUGAAAUACGCAUCGAUAUACAUAUAUUUUGUAUCAAUUGAAAUAUUUAAAAUACUGCCAAGAAGAGUAUUGAGUAUAUUUUAUUUAAAUCCUUGAAAUUUUUGUAUAUGUAAUUUCAAAUCCUUUGUUUGUCAUUUAUAAAAAAAAAAAAAAAAAAAUAUUAUUAUUGGUAACUGUUGAAACACGUAAGAAAGAGAUCUACGUGUAUAUGACAAUAUGUAUGCGACAAAUCUAUAUUGCGCUUUAUUUUAGGAACGAUCCGAAAAAGAAACGAAAUCUGUAAACUUUUAUAUCCCAAACUUUGCAAUUACCUUUUAAGGUAGGAAACGCAUUUAUUUUAUUGUUUCCUUUCUUGAAACCAUUGUCUGUAUACUGUAUAUUUUCUUCAUUGUGGUUAAUCUAUUCAAUAUAAUAUUUGAUAAAAACAAA